GGAGAUGUUUAGAUCGUGAUCUCCUCCCACAUGCACAAGUGUAGUAUUUGAAUGAAUUCUCCAACAAACAAUGAGCAGUGUGACUUUAGAACCUGUGGACUUGUGGACCACAGACCCCUCAGAGACCCUCCUAGAUGUGACUGUCCAUGUCCACUGCCUGCGUGUCCUCUCUGGUCUGCAAACAUUGGGCAACUAAAGAGCACCUCCUCUCCCCUCCUCUGCUCUCCUCUCCACACAGGAACACUCUUCUGGCUGCAGCUGAUCCACGAUGUCUCUCCUCAGAGAAUUCCUGGUGACAUUUGUAAUGCCACAGAGAUGCUACGAGGAGAUUUUCGUCAACUUCCAUUUAAUUGUGUCGUGUUUUCUGCAUGUGCUGAAAAAAGCUGCAGGAUUCUGGAUGUUACUGGACUCUCUCCUGGCACCGUUGCCUCAGCUGCUGAAGAUACUGUGGAGAGGAAGUGCAGACGGUCUUAGUCUUCCCUCCGUCCUGCUGCAGCUUUAUUCUCUCUCAUGUCCUGUUGUGUACGCCGUGGCCAACAACUACCCUGUCUUUGCAUGGUCUGAGAGGAUCUUCACGCUGGCCCAGAUCGCUGUGAUUGCCUUCCUCAUCCUGCGUUAUCGAGGUGAUACGCUAAAAGGAGUGCUGUUCCUCUUGGCGUACAAUGGUCUGAUGUUCCUCCUGGGCUCCUAUGCUCCCAUAGCAGUCGUCUCAGGGAUGCAGUCCUCCAGUUUGACAUCGUUAAUUACAAGCAAGGUUCUCCAGGCUGGAACCAACUACUGCAAUGGCCACACAGGCCAACUGUCCACUCUGUCUGUGUUAAUGACGUGGGCAGGGUCUCUGUGUGUUUUCUUUUUUUCUCUCCAGGAGACCGGAUAUUCACUGGCUACUUUGUCCUACACACUGUUGGCAGGCCUCAGCUGCGUCCUCCUGGCCCAAGUCCUCUGCUACAGGAGCAGCACCGCAGCUAAAAAAGAAGAGUGAGUAGAGGUGGAGGAUGGUGACAGACACCUCACGAGCAGAUCCACUCUGUCGGUUUAAGACAUUUUUUUGUGAUUCUGUGCCAGAUGUUGGCGCGGAAGUAGCUGUUAAUGUUUCCAUUCUUACAUACUUUAUGUACUGAUAUUCUUGUGUGCUACACACAGAUCUACAUUAAAGGUCAUAUAUAAAAUGUGGUGCCACUAGAUGUCGCUCUAGAGGCACCACAUUUUAUAUUUAUACCACAGACACAAUAAGGUUUUACCGUGUAUAAUGAGCGCUAAUAACAAAAGAUCCAUCGGGUUUCAUCCAAGGGUUAGUGCUUCUCCUGUCAGUGAGGAUCUGUGUGCUGGUCUGCAAACGUGUGUUUCUAAGAGCAGUCUACGCUCAGUGGGUGUGCAUGGUUAGUUAAUGAUAGCCAUGCUGUGCUGUGUGUGCUCAUAGACUGUGUAGCCUGUAAAAACAAGGUGAAGCUGCAGUUAUAAUCUCGUGCUGGGCAGGUGACAGAUGUGUUUACAGUGUGUUUGUGCUUUGAUGGUUGAUGGAGCAUGCGCACUUUGUAAAUGUGUGACGGACCAAUAGUUUCACAGGAAGUGAUUCACGUGUAACAAUGUGCAUAUUAAAAACACAACACACACACACUCAGAGAGAGUGUGACUUGAGUCUCUGCAGAAGAAUUAAUCUUUUCCUACAAAAUAGUUUUUGUUCUUCUAUAUUAAUGUUUGAAUAUUGUAUAUAUGAUCAAUUUGAAGUUGAAAGUCAUGUGCUGUGUCUGAGACCUGUCAUUGUCAUGCUUUUUAAUAGCUUAUUGCAUUUAUUAUUAUUGCAAGCAAAUAUAAAAAGAAAAUCGUUUGCUGCCAUCUAGUGAUUUAAAACAAAAUGACUUAAUUCUCAGGGAAACUAAAUCCAAUGGAAGCAAGGUGUGACUGUUAAAAUAAAAUUCAUGUUCAUUUUCUAUUUGUUAGAGUUUGUGGAUUUGUGUUUAUGUCUUUGUUGACCACCGCUUUCAAUCCAAGCACAAAGUGACUGACCAUCCAUAUGUUGGCAAAAAUUCACCAGUCUGAGUCCUUUCAACUGCACGUGCACAUGUUUAUCCUUUUUA